AUGACAGCCUCGAACGGAUCCCAAGGCCAAAAAGAGGUCGUUUUCCUACAACCAAAAGAAGGAUUGAUUCGAUUCGAUUCGAUUCGUCUGGCGACACUGUCAAAACGACACCAGCUCGUUCUCGCAGUCGGGACAGACGGUGUGUCGGAGGUCGGUCUGGUACGGUACGUAUUAGACCAUAACACUGCAACGUUUGUCAGCUGCUGCACACAGGAACAGACAAUGGAUCCGCCCGCAAACGACCAUACUAGCAGCGAUAACAACGUACUCUUCCAAAGUCUACAAAAGCGGCUGAAUCAGCUCGAAAUAUGGCGAGAAAUUGCGGUUCGGCCGACCCAAGAAGAAUGCCACCAGCAGGACUGGGAUCUCUGGGAAAGUCCAACGGAUGACCUGGUGAAGCUGUCUAUGCGAUGCAUCUCGGUGCGUGCGGAGAUGAAUGCCAACCUACCGGUGCUCGUGGAUCCCCAAGAUGAUAACCUUUGUUCUGCACCGAGCACGAUUCCCGGAGACUCUGGAUUGGGUUUAUUCUUGAAGCCCCUGGACGGAAAACCCCUUCGCCAAGGCGAUCGGUUAUGUUAUUACUAUGGCCACAUUCACAACUUUCAGUCGGCCAAACUGCUGGAAGAUAGAUCAUAUCUUCUGGGGCUCCAUGGAGAUCUGAUGGUGGACGCAGGUCCAGCUUGCUUGCGUCAUAUUCACGCUCGCUUCAUCAACGACCCAUUGAAUGAAGCCUAUGUGAAUUGCCAAUUUAUACCGGACAAAGAAGACAUGCUGGCCCGUGCCGCCGUGGUCAGUACCAGGGAGAUCCAACCGGAGGAAGAAUUAUUCGUGGCGUACGGGGAUGCCUACUGGUCCCAACAGACCUCCGCGGGUACGGUGAUGCCCACGGUUGUGCCCCCUAGCAUAAAUCAGGGCUGA